AGCCUUGUCCUUGUUUGAUUGAUUUUUAUUACGGUAAAACGUGUAUCGUUCGUCGUCAAAAUGCAGGUUCCACCAAUUUUCAUGGAAUUGUCGUUAGAUGAUCAGGCGCAAGAAUUAAGAGUAUAUUUUAAAAGUCUUGGUGCAGAAAUCAGCGAAGAGAAGUCUCCUAAAGGUAUAGAAGAUGAUUUGCAUAAGAUUAUAGGGGUAUGCGAGGCAUGUUUCAAAGAAGGAAACGAAAGUGAAAUAGAAACUGUAUUGAAUGACAUUGUGUCUAUCAUGAUUCUGAUACCUACGGAACGUGCUGAAAAUUUAAUUUUAGCAUUCUGUGAGAAACUCGUAAAAGCACCUGGAUAUAAGCUUGGAUUAGUUUGCUUAAAAGCUUUGUGGCUCUUAUUCCAAUCUCUUGCCGAUGAUUCUCCAAUGAGAUACCAUGUUUAUUAUCACUUGGUACAAAUAGCCCGCAAUGUUGAUCAAGUAAAAGCUGUGUAUAGUGGAAUAGAUCAAUUAAAGCAACAAUUUGUCUCCUUUCCUCCAUCGAAUGAACAAAUGCAAAAAUUAUUGCGUUUGUUGCACGAAGUUCUUUUAAGCAAACAAGGAGAACAAGCAGCAGCUGUUAUGGUGGAAUUGUUGGGAACUUAUACAGCAGAGAAUGCUUCCGCAGCUAGGGAAGAUGCACAGCGUUGUAUAUUAGCUGCAUUAGCAGAUCCAAAUACAUUUUUGUUAGAUCCGCUUUUGGCAUUGAAACCUGUGAGAUUUUUAGAAGGCGAAUUGAUACAUGAUUUACUUCUUGUAUUUGUGCAAGAUAAAUUACCAGCGUAUUUACAUUUCUAUCAACAUCAUAGAGAAUUUGUAGAGCAUCAACUUGGAUUAAAUCAUGAACAAAACAUGAAAAAGAUGAGGCUAUUGACCUUUAUGCAACUUGCAGAGACAAAUCCAGAAAUGUCUUUUGAUACGAUACAAGAAGAAUUGCAGAUUGAUGAAUCUGAAGUAGAAAGCUUCAUAAUUGAUGUUUUAAAAACCAAACUUGUAAGAGCGCGCAUGGAUCAGGCUGGCCGUAAAGUAUUAAUUUCAAGCACAAUGCAUAGAACGUUUGGUCGUCCACAAUGGAUGCAACUGCGAGAUUUACUUGUAUCAUGGAAAGCUAAUCUUUCGGCCGUACAGGAUGGCAUGAAAACUGUAGCUGUUGCGCAAAUGGAGCUUGCAGCAAAGAAUAAAGCUACUCUUGCUCACUGACAA